AUGGCAGACUUGCUACAUUCCCCGCCUCCGGUUUCCAAACAUUUCCGAUUGUCCUUCCCCAAACAUGGUGUCAUGCUGGUCACCAUAAACCGGGAGAAACAGCGGAAUUCAUUACCGUCCGAUGCUCAUUGGGACGGACACAAUCUGUUUACGUGGUUUGAUGAGGAGCCAACGCUCCUUGUGGCCGUGGUCACCGGCGCCGGAGAGAAAGCAUUCUGCGCAGGACAAGAUCUAGCGGAGCAGAAUGCAUCUCGUCGCGGACCAAAGACAGCGGAGCAGCUGGCCGUUAUGAACCAUCCACCGUCCGGGUUCAUGGGGCUAAGCCAGCGCAGGGGAAAGAAGCCCGUUCUCGCGGCUGUCAAUGGAUUCGCUCUCGGGGGCGGCUUUGAAAUUUGUCUCAACUGUGAUAUGGUAGUGGCAUCCCCCGACGCCCAGUUUGGACUGCCCGAAGUCGCCGUGGGACUAUACGCCGCUGCGGGUGGUCUUCCACGACUCAUUCGCAUCGUGGGCCUUCAGCUUGCAUCGGAAAUUGCGAUGACGGGAAGACGACUUUCUGCGCAGGAAGCUCUCGAGUGGCGCUUGAUCAAUCGGGUCGCCCAGACUCCGGCAUCCGUUGUAGAGGAAUGCCUGGAUCUAGCGGGUCGCAUCACAAGCUUUUCUCCAGACGGUAUCAUCGUUAGCCGACAAGGGUUGAGAGAAGGAUGGGAGAACCCCAGCGUUGAGCAAGCAACAUCGAGGACAAGACAGGAAUAUGGGAACAAGUUAGUCGCCGGGGAGAAUUUCAAAAUCGGUGUCGAGGCCUUUGCCCGCAAAACGCGACCGAAAUGGGUUCCGUCGCGUCUGUGA